CCAAGCCCUUUGCGGGUCGACAGCAACAGCGUCAUUAGUAUCCUAUCGUCCUUUUUUGAAAACCCGCAACUUGGAGCUACUGGACAACACACGGACACCUCAUGCAGCCUUGAGUGUUCACAAAUUUUGCUGCAACAAGAGGAAGGGUAACCCAACCCAACCCCAAACCUCCCAUUCUCCUCUUCCCGAUCCUCCUUCGUCUUUAUGUCGACGCCCCGGGCCCUUAAGCCCGUAUUCGGGCCUGGCUAUCGACUCUUUCUCGACCAAUUCGUUACCCAGUUGACAGGAAGGAGAUGUGCACCCGGGAAGCUCUUCUCGAGCUGGCCAUCCAGCCCAAUAUGCCCCAGCUGUCGUCGAAAUGGGAGUUUUAUCAGUCUCAAGCACCAAUUUCGGUAUUCCUCCAGCUCGACCCCGCCAAAACCUCCGAGCAACGAUGAGAAAGACAAGAAAGACGAGAAUGAUUUUAUCGAGCCCAUCCAAUUUCCUCCUGGAUUCCCGCCUUUCCCGCCCCCUCCUCCCGAUUCUUCGCCUACCCCGCAAUCUUCCUCGUCCGAUGCCUCUCCUUCUCCCUCCAGUGAACCAGACCCUACACCCCAGCAACAGCAACAGCAGCCACCACAAGAACCGCCGCCGGAUACGAAGUACGAGAAUCCCGACCUACCAUCCGCCCAGAACUCGCGACGCUCCGCCCUCAAUCGCACAUUGAGCACCUUCAUGGACCGUGCCCAGACCACCCUCUUCGCCGCCUCUCAGCGCAUCAACGACCUGACCGGUUACUCGGGCAUCGAGUCGCUCAAGACCCAGAUCAGCGGGAUCGAGUCCGCCCUCGCCGAAGCCCAAAUCCGCCUCCACAACGCUCGCGGCUCGUACAAAACUGCUGUAUCUUCGCGCUCUUCCACCCAGCGCGAGGUGACCACCCUUCUCGCCCGCCAGAAAACCUGGACCCCCAACGACUUCGAGCGUUUCACGUCCCUGUACCGACAGGACUACGAGCUGGACGCGGCGGUCGCCUCGCGGGCCGCGGAGCUCGAGGAGGCCGAGCGCGAAGCCGAAAGACUGGGGCGAGAGCUCAGCUCCGGCAUCCUAGCACGCUACCACGAAGAACAGAUUUGGAGCGACAAGAUCCGCCGCAUGAGUACAUGGGGCACGUGGGGGCUCAUGGGCGUCAACGUGCUUCUCUUCUUCCUGUUCCAGUUCGGCGCCGAGCCCUGGCGUCGCCAAAGACUCGUCAACGGCUUCGAGGAGAAGGUCCGCGAGGCGCUAGAAGAAGAGCGCCGGCAACGAGAACAAUUCGAGGUAGAGCGCAAGAAAGCUGUGGCCGAAGAAGACCGGGCCAGGACCUACAUAUCCGCCACCGCCGCCGCCGCCGCCGCCGCCGAGGCCGAAGCCGAAACCGCCAGCCGAGCGGCGCAGCCCAGCGCCCCGCCCGUAGUCGAGCUGCCCGAGGUUACAUUAGGCGGAGCCCCGACGAUACCCUGGCGGGAAGCCUUCUCCAACCUCGACUGGUGGCGAGACACCUACGACGAGCUCUCCAGCGACCGGAAAGUCGUCGUCCGCAUGCGGGACGUCACACUAACCGUGCUCGAGGGCGUCGCGACCGGCGCCACCAUCGUCACCGCCCUCGCCACGAUAUACCUUCGAUGGAGCAGAUAAAAUACCUUGGCACUACUCCC